AGAGAGCUCUGCAAGUACGUGGCCCAGCCCUAGAGAACACUUGGAUAGCUCAAUCCUAUGUUUGGGAUUCAGUAUCAUUUUGGAGAGUUUGGCAAUUAUUCCCUUGUGGUAAAGACCCUAAGUGCAAGCGCCAAAACUGUUUCUUGUGACCUAGUCAUCAAUGAAGGCCCUAUCAACAGCUACCUCCCUAUUCUCUUUGCUUUCCUGGUUUACAUGGGGAUCCUUGCUAUCCUGAUCGUCGGGCGCCUUUUCAUGAAGAUUGAUCCAGUCAGAAACUGGGUUUACAAGAAACUGAACCCCAGAGAAACUGAUCGUCUGAUUAAUUCUGAGCUUGGGUCCCCGAACACAACAGACUCCCUCAGCAGUGAUCCCACCCCGCAUUUGUGGAGCACAGCUUCUCGGCAGCGGCUACGUUCCUUGGACACAUUCCGAGGGCUCUCUCUUGUAAUUAUGGUGUUUGUUAACUACGGAGGAGGAAAAUACUGGUUCUUCAAGCAUGAGAGUUGGAAUGGAUUAACAGUGGCAGAUCUGGUGUUUCCAUGGUUUGUGUUUAUCAUGGGGACAUCGAUAUCACUGUCGCUGAGCUCCAUGCUGAGGUGGGGAAGUUCCAAGCGGAAGGUGCUCGGGAAAAUCCUGUGGAGGAGUUUUCUGCUAAUCCUGAUGGGAAUCAUAGUUGUGAAUCCCAAUUACUGCCUUGGACCAUUGUCCUGGGAUAACCUGCGUAUUCCUGGGGUGCUCCAGAGGCUGGGAUUCACGUACCUGGUGGUUGCUGCUCUUGAACUCCUGUUUACAAGAGCUGGGGCUGAGAGUGGGACCUUGGAGACGACGUGUCCUGCGCUGCAGGAUAUUCUCCCUUACUGGCCACAGUGGAUUUUCAUUCUGAUGUUAGAAGUGAUUUGGCUCUGCCUGACCUUUUUGUUACCAGUGCCAGGUUGUCCCAGGGGCUAUCUUGGUCCUGGGGGCAUUGGAGACUUUGGAAGCUACCCGAACUGCACUGGAGGAGCAGCUGGUUACAUUGAUCGUUUGCUUCUUGGAGAAAAGCAUAUCUACCAGCAUCCCUCUUCAAAUGUGAUUUACCAAACAACGAUGCCAUAUGAUCCUGAAGGAAUCCUGGGGACCAUAAAUACCAUUUUUAUGGCAUUUCUGGGACUGCAGGCAGGAAAAAUUAUCUUGUUCUACAAAGACCAGCACAAACAAAUUAUGAGUCGGUUCUUCAUAUGGAGCAUAGUGAUGGGAAUUAUUUCUGCUAUCUUGACAAAAUGUUCUAAAGAAGAAGGGGUUAUUCCCAUAAACAAGAACUUAUGGUCAAUAUCGUACGUGACAACCACGAGCUGCUUUGCCUUCAUCCUCUUAUUGCUGAUAUAUUACCUUGUGGAUGUCAAGAGACUGUGGUCGGGUGCUCCAUUUUUCUACCCAGGAAUGAACUCAAUCCUGGUCUACACUGGACACGAAGUAUUUGAAAACUAUUUCCCUUUUAAGUGGAAGAUGCAAGAUGGUCAAUCCCAUGCAGAGCAUCUGACUCAAAACCUCACUGCGACAACUCUCUGGGUCAUAAUAUCGUAUUUACUUUACAGGAGAAGGAUAUUCUGGAAAAUCUGAUAGAGGGAGUCAAGGCAUAGUUGGCCUAGAUUCUGAUGGGGCAAGUGCAUAAGGUGGAUUAGCCUGAAAUCUUGCCACUCGUGCUAGGCUGUAUUACUAAAAAGGGAUACUAGUUCAAGUUUACAGUGCCAUGGAAGUUGUCAAGACUUUUAUGUGACUUAAGGGACAGUAUUUUCCUAUUUAGCAAGAACUGACUAGUCUUCUGCAGUUUCUCUCUUUCUGUUUUCUGUAUUCUGUAAAUAUUUUACUGAUCUCCCUCCUUUAUAUAGAGAAGUGGAACAUACUGCAAUAUUUGGGCAAAGACAGCCUGAUGGUGCUUACGAAAGGAACUGCAAGGGAUCUGGGUGGUGACUGCAUGGGGUUAUCGGAAUGGGACUGCGGUAACAACUGUUGCAUCUGACAAAGCACCCCCUAACUCAUGUGGUCUAGGGUUUGUAUACACCCUUGGCACCUGCCACACACCUGCGCCACUCUGGCUACUGGCACACAUUUAGCUCGGCCAUCCUUUUGAGUGGGGAGCGCUGGCAACAUCCUCAGCCCUGCAGUUGGGUCAGCAGUGCAGUGACUGGGAAAGCUUGGGGGCAGCUGUGUGCUACAGUGUGCUGGGCAAAGUGGUGACUCAACUGACCAUUCUUCAUUGCGUUCUUCCAAUUUGGUCUUGCAUCAAAACCUUAGGUUUAGGAUCCUGCUGAUGCCUGCUGCCAAAGAUCUCUUCUGUUGGCUUAUUAAUCAGCAUGCUGCUGCUAUAGGUUUAGCAGCCUGUCUGCGCAUGUUCUGGGCCUUUGUGUCACGUGCUUCCAGCAUGGAUGAGGUCCGACUUUCACGUGCUACACUCUAGGAGUGCAGAAAUGCCAGUUCCUAUUGACUUUGCAUAAUCACUUGGAUAUUACCAAAGUUUGAGCAAAGCAAUCCUCUCUAUAAAUGGAUUUAUGUAAGGGCGCCGAAUCUGAAAACCAGCAAUACAGGUAGAGUUCAGCCAAAAAGGAAGAGAUAGCAGACCAGUUCAAUUUAAGAUAAUAGUUUUUGGAAACUCAGGAAAUUAAC